CACACACAGCAGCAGCAGAAGAGACUCUGACUUGAUCCGGAUUGUUACUUUCAUCAUCCUGUAUCUCAUCACCACUGAUCGCAUCUCUGAUCAAAGGAAGAAAAACUUCAAACAUCUGCGCAAACGUCACGAGACGGGAUGGAAAAUACGCGCAAGCUCUGUAACCCUGAAGGUGUAGCCAAUUGAAGGUAAAAUUGUGGAAACUGCAAUGCCCGAAGAUACUCUGAAAGACACCAUGACUGUCCCCGAGUGCCCUUCUAUCACCGUUAAAGCCAACAACAACAACAAAAAUGAACUACCACCUUCAGUAUCCAUCCCUCUGGUCAAUGAUGGUCCUCUGACGGCAGCGACAGGCGGCACCGAGCUCUCAUGCUUCCGAUGUACGCUGCCCUUUGGUGUGGUAGUGCUGAUUGCUGGCAUCGUGGUGACAGCUGUCGCUUAUAGUCUUAACUCUCAUGGUUCUACCAUCUCCCACCUCGGCUUGGCGCUGCUGUCAGCUGGCGUAGCUCUCCUCGGCCUCAGCAUUGCCUGCUGGAAGCUCCGCAGUGAGAAGAAGAAGGAGGAGCGGAGACGGGAGAGUCAGGCCGCACUAGUCACUAACCACAGGAUUGUCUAAUGGCUGAUGGAUGUUAAGAAAUGCUUAGAGUCUUCAGAAAUGUGACUGCAGGUCAGAGAUAAAAGUUUCUAGGAAAACCACAGAAGGAUCUUUACUUCUUCGGAAACCUUGCUUAACAUACUUACAUUUUCUCAAAGAAACUCACCGAAACCACAAAACUCUUUGGAUUUUGCGUCAUGUCUACGGAUUAGUCCGAGUAACAGGAAUGUGUGCCUGGUACCAUGUAUAAGUCUGACUUUGAUAAAGAAACAUCUUCUCAAUGUCUACAGAUCCAUUGAGUCAGGAAAAGACCCACAAACCACAUCUUGCCCUGACUGUCAUCUUAGGAUCAGCCACAGACUUCAGAUUCAGACAAGCACUCUGUAAAUCAAUUUACAUUUAAAAAAUUUGCCAGACACCCUCAUGCAGAAUUUACAUUUAUAUCAUUAUAAAGCAGUUGAGGGCCUUGCUCAAGGGCUGAACGGUGGUAGCCUGAUGGUUUCUACUGAUUCAUAGCCUAACAGCUUAAGUACUGGGCUACCUCUGCGUAAGUGGCCAAGUUCAGUCUUCUUACUCUAAAACCUUUAAAACCACAGGACUCCUUGGAUAUUUUGGAUUUUGAACCUUCAAACUUUCCACUAGUGGCCCUUAUUUCAUGUCUUCUAUUCCAAUUCAACGGGUUUCCGUAAAAGGGUCCACUGAUGAUUUAAGAUUUCUCAACGUUUCUGGAAUAUCAUCCUUCAAUAGUUAUAGACGCAAAGCAUCAUGAAAAAGACAGAAAAUCUCAGGAUAAUCAUUUGUCUGACAUCUUAGGACUUAAACUAUCUAGACUCUCUAAACUAUCAGCUUCUUGCAAGGUGCCUUGCAAAAAAAUCUAAAAAAAAAAAAAAAAAAUUGCCCAGAACUGUUGGAACUUAGACCGCCUAAACAAACUGGAUUUGGACUUAUUACUAGUUUUCUUUGGUCCAUAUCUUCGUUCCAUUGAUGUGAUCAGAGUCUCCAGUGUAACAGGAGCAUGGUUCUGUGAUGACUUUAAACCAGAUUCAGCAAAAAGACCCGAAAAUCACCUGAACAUUUUCUUAGGACUUACUCACUUCAGGCUGUUCAGACUUUCAAAUAAACUGUUGAAAACCAUGGACAGUUGGGACUCAAGACUCCCCAGACUUAAAUAAUUUGGAUCUGAGCAUUUAGGACUUAUGGUUUUGCUUGAAAUGCAGGAAUCUUCUUAAUAGGGUGAGGUUCUCAGGAGUAUCCUGCUAAAGACUCCUUGACACUAAGGGCAUUUUCACAUUAGGGCCCCGCAAGUGUUUCUGAGAACACUUGACCCAAAGUGUGGUUCAUUUUGAUAAGUGAGAACACAAUCAUUCUGCGAUUGAGAACCAUGCCCAGGUCUGCUGUUGCAUGCUUGGGCAUGGAUCAAAUCAAAUAUUGAUGCCAAUCAUACCUGAGAUGCAAAAUCAUGAAAAUGUAGUGCUCAUGUAGCACGCGCAAUCCCACCUACACAACCAUAGCUAAUAAAGUAGAAAGGCACAUUAGAGCAUGUAUUAGGCAAAGCAUGAAGGUUAACUUCCUUCCUAUCUUCUUCUCUUCUGUGUAAUUGCGGCCCACAGUAGAUGCAUGCUUUCGUCUGCUGUAUCAGAGAGUGUAAAUAUGCAAGCAGACUUGAGAACAGAGAACAAAAUAAUGUGAAUGCUGGCCAGCGUGGGAGUGGGAAGCAAUCGUUAAUAAUCAUGGUACAAAUCAAUCGUGCCUAAUGUGAAAACGCCCUGAACCUUUAGCGGAUAAGGAGUGUCUUCCUGCGGUUAGGCCGUAGGAAGAUUCUGAUGCUUUGCUGAAGGAAAUGUCCAAAACUAUAGAAAUGUCUGUGCCUGAUUUUGUUUAAGAUUUUCAACCUUUUUAAAAUAUCUUCAAAUAUCUUAUUGUCCAUAUUAAGGGAAAAAUGAGAGUCUGACUUUUCUGUAUUUUUUUCAACCAUCCAAUAUCGGUCUAGCUUUGAGUCUCUGUGCUAAGAGUGAGUGGGUCAAAAGCAAAGGUUAGGAUUAGAAACUAGGACACAUUUUGAGGAACCAAGACUGGUCAACACUGGUUAAUGGCUUUACAUGAGAAACUCUGACUCCUCAGCUUCGAACCUUUUGUAUUUGGACUUGGGCUGAUGCACACUCGUUGACCCUUUGCCUAGACCCUGUAGCCUGCUCAAAGAUCUGUAGCAAGACACAGGAAGAUUACUCAUGACCUCGUUUAAUUUUGGUUCUGUGCAAUGGAAUUGCAUUUUAUCUGUUUCCCUGAUGGUCAUAAAUCAUUUGGAAAAGAAAAAGAACUUGGUUUGGAUCCAGAGGUGUUGGUUCAUGUAGGAUGCUUGGUGUGUGAGGAGGCCCAGCUAUGGUGGAGGCAUUUCUGGAUAUGCACAGCUGUUUCCAGAGGACGCUGACCUCAAUGUCCUACGGCGAAACCUCUCUUAAACCAACUAACUGUGGUUCCUUUUCUCUUUGAAGUGGACCUGCAGGAUUUUCAGGAUUUUUAUUUCUUCCUUCCCGUCAGUCUUCUUCCCUUUUCACACUUUCUCUCCCUAUUACUGUCUCUCUUUCUCUCUCCCCCCCCCCUCCCUCUCUCAUACUACAGAGAUUGUUUGCAUCUGCUUAGCCAGGCACCAAGCCAAACUGUGUGCAUCAGGAUUAAGACAAAUAGCUGCACUACACUCCCAAAGAGAGGAAAAAACCCAUUCAUUCACCCCUCCUUCCUCCUCUUUUUCUUUUUUUUCUGCUUUCGCAGUCUUGUUCUCUUUUUGGACUGGGUGCCUCCUGCACUUUUUUUUUUUUAGUAAAAAUGCAUGGUACUUAUAAACAUUACCGUAUAAUGGUAUGUGAACUUCAGUCUCAGUGACUGAAAAACUUUAUUUGUUACAUUUAUUGAUAAGACCCUAUAACCAUGUGACUUGGGGCACAGAACUAGUGCCCUUCAGAGCCGUAGUGAUUCAUGAUAAUAACUUAUGAGGAUGAUUAUGACAAUAGAUAACUCAUGCUGUAUGAUAUUAGUAUUAUCAGUAUCAGUUUUAUUGCACUUUGUUGUAUGGAUAUGGACAGUGAUGGUUGAUGUAAGGAUCUGCUGAACCUCCAAACAGUGAUUAUCCUCUGAACAAUUAAAAAUAAUAAUAAAAUUAAUCAGCUCAUGCAA